UAUUCGUGGUAUUCAGGCCUUAAACCAAUAACAAAAUAAUAACUGGUUACACUGCAAUUUUUUGCCAAUAAAUAAAGAGCAAUUAAGUUAAGGAAAACAAAGCGCCCUUGGGCCAUAACAUCACCAGUAAGCCAGUAAGCUAGUUUCAAAAUAGUUUUCAGUAACCAAAACAAUGGUGUGCGUGCCCUGUUUCAUCAUUCCACUGCUGCUGUACAUUUGGCACAAGUUCGUCCAGCCGAUACUGCUGCGCUACUGGAAUCCCUGGGAGAAGAAGGACGCCGAUGGCAAUGUGAUCAAGACGGGUCCCGACUUCCCCUUCGAGUGCAAGGGCGGCGUUUGCCCCUUCGUGCCGGGGGCCAAGAAAACCCAGACAAGCGGCUGUGAUGGCGAUGCCACGGAGUCCACAGAAUCCAAAGAAUUCACGGUAUCCGAAAAUCCGCACUUGACGGCGGAGGUGGAGGCGGCGGAAGCCAAGAAGGAGAUCUAGUCGAAAUGUUCCAAAUACUAUAACUAUAACUUUUUUUUUGACCUUGUUCAUAAGCGCAGAAACCACGCACACUACACUACACAACAAAAAAAAAAGACACCUUAUUCAACAUGCGAUGUGUGGUGGGCGGCGGUCGGUUAGGGGGCGUGGCCGCUGGGGAGUAAUUAACUUUAAUUAAAUGUACACCUUCACCACGCGAAAAAGCUGCUCUUUUCCUGCGGGUACGUGUCGGGUUAAAGGUUAACUUCACAGAGUUCCAUUAGCCACAAAAUACAUAUGUAUGCAAAUGUUACACUUAAUUCCAGGCACAUGUUAAAUACUGCUAAGAAUUCGCGGUUUCAACAGUGCGUUAUUGUUUAGCAGAAUAAUAAAAAGAAUGAAAUAAACACACGA